AACCCUAGCUCCCCCGGCGGCCCGCCGUCGCCGGAGAUGGAGGCCACGGCGGAGGCGCUCACGCGGGAGGAGGUGCUGCGCCGGCGCCGCCGCCGCGCCGCGCGCCUCGUCGGCGUCUACCGCCGCCUCUACUGGGCCAUGGCGGAGGAGGUGCGCGCGCGCCACCGCCAGUACGUCUGGGAGCUCGGCCGCAGCCCGCUCGAGGCCGAGCAGCCGCCCUCCGCCGCGGGCGCCGAGGCCAAGCCCGGGCCCGCCGCGGUGCCCAGGCGGAAGAAGUGCGGAUUCACGGGGUGCAAGGUGCGGGCCAUGGCCAUGGCCAAGUACUGCCACUCGCACAUACUCAUCGACCGCACGCAGGUGCUAUACAAGGGCUGCGCGCACAUCAUCAAGAGUACUGCGGAUUCUGGGCGAAUUACCUGUGGCAGGCCUAUCUUAAAAGCAUCAGUUCCCUCCCUCUGCAAUGUUCACUUAAUAAGAUCUCAGAGGAAUAUAUCACAGGCUUAUAAGAAGGUUGGCUUUAAUCCACCCCCUACUGGCCAGAUCUCCCCAGAUUUUAGUGUGUUGGUUGCUGAAACCGUCCGUCAGAUCCAAGCCAGAAGGAGACGAUCCCGAAGUGCCGCAGAAGGGAAGAAAUGCCCCAAAGAUGGGAAAGUUGACUGAGCUCUGUCCUUGAAAGAUAUGGAAUGUGGAAACUGUAAGUGGUGUGCAUGACUGGGAGACAAUUUGUAUGACCUUGGUUGUCAGUUAAUAGCAAAUGACAAACAAAAGGUUAAUUCAACCAGCUGGUGGUGGAAGUAUCAACUGCGAGGGUUCGCAAUUGCUUGCCUCAGGAUUUCAUUUAUGUCUAGCAAAAUGCUUCUGUAUGGGAUUGAUGGCUGGUUGAACAUGCUGCAGGACGGCUAUGGUUGAUUCAAUUGAUGUGCUGAGCCAUGAUCUUCUGAUAGUAAGGUAUGCUUUAGGUAUAUACUGGGUCGGUACAUUUGCCGAUUGCUGAUUAAAGAAAGUGGUGAGUUGUGAAGCCAUAUGUUCAACCGUUACAUUCUGAACUGGAUUUUAAAUUGAGUGCCUCUUGUGGAGUAAAUAACAUUACCUCUUUCAGCUUGGGUCAUGUAUACCAUGCGAUGGCUGUCCUGUUAUUCAGCUUGGUGUUUCUUUGAUGCUCAACUUGUUAUUGGAACUUGUGAAGUAUACACUGUUCCUAUUUCUCAAGAUGCAAAUGUGUUUGUGAGCUCAACUUUAACUUCUGCUGAAAGGACUGAAAGCAUGGUAAUAACUGGAAUUUUUGCUUCUGCCGAAGAUGCCAGAAGUGCCGAUCCUGAGGGAGGAACCAUACAAGUAAGGAACUACAAGGGAGAGUGGUCUUCCUGUACAUGUUGAUGUCUACGGCACGGAUUGUCGCCUGAUACCAUGGUUUAGCCGGAAUGCUUGCGUUGCACCAGAGAUGUUUCACAUGGAGAGGAUCUUGUUCUGCAUCAUGGACAAAGGAAGGAACCCUGCAAGUAUUAUGAGAUAGCUGAUAUUAAUGCAAGGUAGGAGCCCUAGAUACAACAGAUACUGUAGUUUCCUAGUAGUACAAUCAAAUUUCAUGAUAUCCUUCUUGCACAAGAUGGUAACUUCUGAAAUGAUGGAUGUGUGUCUGAUCUUGCACCACCCAACACAUGAAUGUGACAGUAGGGCAAGAUGUGGCAGAUCGCUGGUGUUGGACUUUGGGAUGGCUGAUAUUGGAUGGUGGCCUGGUACUAUAUAGGACAUGACUAACGGAACUGACACAUUUGUUCAUCUUCCUGAUAUGAGAAUGGUUUCCUGUUGCUAGUUGUAUCAAGUGUGAAUAACUUGGAGUGAGCGUUUUUAUUGUUUUGUUUAGCCUUUAUGGUUGUCUUGCACUUUCA